UGGCAAGACACUUUGUGCAUGUCAUAGUAGUUGAAUGCGAAAACCAUCACUUCGAGCGCGAGCUUGGAUCUCUGACAUCUGCUAUGCGCUCCUUGUCCUUGUUACUGGUUGUUUCUUUGCCAUAUCAUGUGCCUUGUUGUUGUCGCAGGCCAUCAGAACUUCACCUAUCAGGUCUUGGACAAACGACUGGGAUGCUGUAAUCAUUGCAGCAACAUACUUGCUUGUGUGCAUCAUAUCCAUCGCCCUCUGUGUGAAACGGCGAAUUGCAGUGCGUCGCCGAUUGCAGAGGAUUGCGAAGACGCACUAUUCGAUCGUUAGGAAGGAAGUUCCUCAGCCCGUUCAUGAGUAUAUUUCACAAGAAUUUGCGCGUUCUUGCUUGGUGGCAUAUGAAUCACAGCCACGCAACACAGUCCACAGUGGGUGGGGUAGACCAGGAACUAGACUUAGCGGUAUUCGUUUUCGACGCGCUCUUCUUGAUACGAUCGCGGAAAUUGACGCUCGAGCACGUCUCAUUAUACCUAGUCAUCCAAAUUUGAAACCCCAUGCACGCAUGCUGCAUCAUUUCAGGUUUCUUCUACCACUCCUGCCAAAGGAUGAAGAUGGCCUCUCGGAAUUGCAUUACUACGAUUCAGCCAUACAACUUGCGCGAACGGUAGACAGGGAACCAACGGAAGAAGAAUAUCAGCGGGGAAUGGACGCUGUUGCUUCCAUUUUACAGAUGUUGUGGGAGUGCAGGUCGGAGAUGCUGGAAGAGUCCAGGAUGCAAACGAAUAGCGUGAUUUCAUGAAAGCCUCGUCUUAGAUGACACACAAUCGGUCCAUAUCCGCCAACUCCUUAUCCUUGUACUCUAUCGCAUGGAGCGUCCGGCGCUGGACAUUUUUAGAACAUCUCCGUAUUUAAAUAGCAUGUACGCAAGUAAUUCCAAGCAUAUCCACCUGCCACAUGCUACCUAAUUUAUUCCAACGGUAAUAAACCUUCAUAGGACAGUCGCCAUCAA